CACUGCCCGCCGCGCGCCGGGGCAGCCCAGGGCCGGCGAGCGGCUCCGCAAAGUGGCGGAGCGCGAGGAGGCGGGGCGCCCGCGGAGUGGUGGCGGCUGCGGCUGCGGCUGGGCAGGGGGAGGUGUGCCCGGGGACCUGGAUCCCCGCGCCCUUGUGCCUCGCGCGGAGCGGCCGGUGCACCCGGGAGGCGAGCUGACGCUCUGGAAAGCCAAGUCAAAUCGCAGCCUCCCCAAAGACCUCAAGUUACCCAGGCCAGCCAGUGCCCGGAGAGCGCCCGCGAGCGCGCGUAGAGCGGGCAGCGCCGCGCCGCACCGCGGAGCCCUGCCGGGCCGGUCGGCCGCGAGCGGGGCGCCGUCCGAGAGGCAGCGGCCCCCGGGCUCGGGGUCUGGCGGCGAGCGCGCCCCGGUGCGGAGAGGGGGCGUGCGGGGCUCCGCCGGCCCGCCCGCAGCCCGCGCCCGACUCGGGCGCCGCCGCCGUCCCGCUCCGGGAGCGAUGCCCCCCGCCCCGCGCGCCCCCCGGGAGCGACGCGAGCAUGGAGAAGUCGAGUAGCGAGGAUUCUUCGAUCCGCCGGAGUCCAUCUUUGGACAGCAAGGACUCGGACUUCGCCAAGCCGUCCACCUCGGGCCGCCCGUUCGGCCGCGGCUUCACGGCCGGCGCCUUCUACGGCACCGCGGGCUCCCGGGGGCAGAGCCGCGCCGAGGCUGGCGUCAAGGCGGACCAGUACCAUGCGCCCAAAGGCAGCAAGUACGUCGUGUUUUACCUGGACCUGUCCUUUGUUUUUCUCCUAGAAUUUAAGAAGUGCAACAUGGCCAGGGGCUGCCUCUGCUGCUUGAAGUACAUGAUGUUCCUCUUCAAUUUGAUAUUCUGGCUCUGUGGCUGUGGGCUGCUUGGAGUGGGCAUUUGGCUGUCUGUGUCCCAAGGCAACUUUGCCACCUUCUCCCCCAGCUUCCCUUCGCUGUCCGCAGCCAACCUAGUCAUUGCCAUAGGCACCAUUGUCAUGGUGACAGGCUUCCUCGGCUGCCUGGGAGCCAUCAAGGAAAACAAGUGCCUCCUCCUCAGUUUUUUCAUCGUCCUGUUGAUCAUCCUCCUAGCAGAGCUGAUCUUGCUUAUCCUCUUCUUUGUCUACAUGGACAAGGUGAAUGAGAAUGCCAGGAAGGACCUGAAAGAGGGUCUACUGCUGUAUAACACGGAGAACAACGUGGGGCUUAAGAAUGCUUGGAACAUCAUCCAGGCCGAGAUGCGCUGCUGUGGUGUCACGGACUACACAGACUGGUACCCAGUACUGGGGGAGAACAUGGUUCCCGACCGCUGUUGCAUGGAGAACUCCCAGGGCUGUGGGCGCAACACCACCACCCCUCUCUGGAGAACGGGCUGCUAUGAAAAGGUGAAGAUGUGGUUUGAUGACAAUAAGCACGUGCUUGGCACGGUGGGGAUGUGCAUCCUUAUCAUGCAGAUUCUGGGCAUGGCCUUCUCCAUGACCCUCUUCCAGCACAUCCACCGGACUGGUAAGAAGUACGACGCCUGAGCGGGCUGGUGGGGAGCACCCCAGCCCCACACGGACACUGUGCCAGGGGAGAAGAUUUGAGCUUUGUGUUGCCUGCCCUCGCUCUCCGGACUGCUGACCCCUGCACCCACCUCCCCAGCCCACCUGCCCCCCAGCCCACCCCGCCUCAGCCUUCUUGGUGGGUGGAGGGUCAGGGAGGAGGAGGUGUGGACGAGGCACGCAGAGAUCUUGAGAGGCUGGGGGGCACCUGGAUUCCUGCAUCUGUGUAUUUGCCAAAGAAGACAGGGUGGGCUGGGUUCGUGCUCCGGGAGCCUCCCCGCCCCCAGCACUGAUGCGUUUCUGCCCCUGCCCUUCCUUGCCCUGACACUUUGUCCCUAUGGGGGUGGGGAGCAGAGCGCCCCCUCCUGGUGGAGAGACUGCCUGGCGGAGGCCGCUGGCAGCCGGGCACAGCCACCAGGCAGGAGAGCUGGCAGGGGCGGGGGUCUCACUGCCUCUGGGCAAGGCCCCUGGGAGCAUCUUGCCCAGGCUUUUUAUACUUUACAGUGUAACUUUUUUAUUUUAUUUUACUCUGAUUAUGAUUAUUCAGGAAUAUUAUCUCUCAGAUAAGUUUAGGGUUA